AUGGCCGACGGCAAAUUGGUCCUUGUGACGGGCGGUUCCGGCUUCAUUGCGCUGCACGUCAUCCACAAGCUAUUAGAAAAGAACUACAAGGUGCGCACGACGGUGCGCUCGCUCAAGCGCGGCGAUGACGUGCGGGCGGCAAUCCGCGGGGCCGGCGUCGCCGACGACAAGGUCAACGGCAUCGAAUUCGUAGAAGUCGACCUCCUCGGUGAGUCGGGCUGGGACGCGGCCUGCGCCGGCGUCGACUUUGUGCUGCACGUCGCGUCACCGUUUCCCGCGAGCGAGCCCAAGGACGAGAACGAGCUGAUCCGGCCGGCGCGCGAGGGCACGCUGCGGGCGCUGCGGGCGGCGCGCAAGGCCGGCACCGUGAAGCGCGUCGUCGUUACUUCGUCCGUGGCGGCCAUCAUGUACGGCCACGAGCCGCGCAGCGCCGACCACCCAUUCACGGAAGAGGACUGGAGCGAGGUAGAAAACCCGGCGUCGCCCGUGGGCGCGUACCCCAAGAGCAAGACGCUGGCCGAGCGCGCGGUGUGGGACUGGCUCGCGGACGAGGGCCGCGGCGCCUUUGAGCUGGUGACGGUGAAUCCGGCCCUCGUGUGCGGGCCCUCGCUGGGCAAGGGCGUCAACACGAGCCUCGAGAUUCCGCGGCGGCUGCUGUCGGGCGAGAUGCCGGCCAUGCCCGACCUCAACUUUGGCAUCGUCGACGUGCGCGACGUGGCCGACCUGCACGUGCUGGCGCUCGAGUCGCCCCGCGCCGCCGGCCAGCGCUACAUUGCCGUCUCGGACGAAUCCGAGAUUUCCAUCCGCCAGAUGGCGGCAGACCUCAAGCGCGAGCUACCCGCCGCGGACACGCGCCGCGUGCCGAGCCUCUCCGUCCCCAAGUUUCUCCUGUGCAUCGCCAGCUUCUUCGACAAGAGCAUCGCCGUCAUCCUGCCCGAGAUUGGCCGCUCGCGCCCCUUGUCCAACGCCAAGGCACGCAACGAGCUGGGGUGGCGGCCGCGUAGCGCGGCGGACGCGCUCGUCGCCAGCGCUAAGAGUCUCAAGGCCAACGGUGAGCUUUAA